UUUUUAUUAAAAACGUGGAUUAAUAAAUUGUAGACUUCCAUUACUUUCGCAAAAAUGCCGAUUUUAAUUCAAACGCCUUCUAACGGUGCCUUGAAAGAAUGGGCUAUUAUUGAAUUGCAAGGGGAUUUAAAAGUACGCUCCAAUGAGGAUGUGCACAAUCAAUACAUAGGCGAUCUUCACUACAAUAAAUAUGGUCAACCGAUUCUUAUAAUUGGUCACCAUAUCUUACAAGGUAGAGAACAAAAAUUGGAUAAACCAUUUGCGGUACUGGAGAAAUCUAUAACUAAUGAUGGUCAACAUUUGCUAACUCAGUCUCAGGACAUCAAUAUAAGCGCAUUAAAUGAUACAGUAGAACGUACUUUGCUAGACAAUACAGUAGCUUUGGAGAAUAAAUCUAAACAACGAACUGAAUACACAGUGAGAGCAGUGUGCACGAAAAAGUUAAUAUUCAAAUCUCGUCCUAAGCCUAUAAUAGCAAAUGUAGCCAAGAGUGUAUAGAAACAA